AUGCCUCGCUCACUCGCCCGGCUCCGCUACAAGCCUCCGCUAAAGCCCAUAUCAUUCCCCCACGGCGCCAGUCGCUUGUCUCCCGCCCACGAGGAAUUGCUCCAGAGGCGUGUCGCCGCCUAUGUCCAACGCCAAUCCAACCCCAAACACCUCCGGUUGCAGACCGUCGUGAAUGACAAGGCGAGGCGGCAGCCGACGGGACAGCAUGUCAAUGCCCCAAUCAAGCCCUACACAUUGCGGGACGUAGUAGACCCAGAAGGCACGGCAAAGCAUGGAGAGAUAAUCUACAUCUUUCGCAACACAAAGACCAACCAGAUCAUCUACUCCCUGCAGGAGCUGUUGGAUAAACACCACCUCGACCAGCUCCCCUUCAUCGGCAAGCACUCCAAGCCGCCUGCUCUGCGCCCGGACGAAUGGGUCCCGCACUGUGUGGUUACCUUCCCCACUCCGGCCCAGGGCCACAAUGCCUUUCGCAAGCUGCGUGAGUUCCGGAAACUGCACGAGACCGCUUGGGACAAGACGAAUCCUGGUAUGGUAUCCAUGGAGCGGAAGCAACGUGUGAAGAAGAUUAUGGAUCAGCGCGCCAACACGAGCGCUGACUUGGCCGAGGUGCUGCGCAUACAAGCGGAGCAUGGCGCCAAGACUGCAGCCGAGUUGCUGGAGCACGAGAAAAAAGCGACCGCUGUCAUGGACAAACGUUGGCAGGAAAUUGAUGCGCUCGCCAAUGCAAGUCUAGUCAAGGAAAAGCCAACAGACAAUGUCAAGUGGCUGCAAGGUCAAAUACGAUCAAUGGAUCUGAAGCUCAAGAUGAGGCAUCAUCAGAGCGAGGCGGAUCAGAAGAGCUUAAAAGCCACCAAAGCAAGCCUCGAGACGCGGUUAGGAAAGAUGCAGUACGCAAUUCGAAAAGCAGAGCAGUUCAAGAAGAUUCAGGCAGACCUCUCACAGAGGGCAGCACCCGCUAAAGAGCCCGGCGCUGAAGCCAAGUUGAACGAAAUGAGGACCCAAGCGCGCAUCCUAGAGGACGCACUCGAGAAACCAGACCCGACCCGGUCCGCGACAGAUCUUGAGAAUGAUGCUCAACUCCUCGCUCAAAAACGAACCGAGAUUGAAUCACUCGAGAAGGCCUUCGAUGCCAAGGCCCAGGCUGAAUCUCGCGACCACUAUAUCGCGCGUUCAGUUCUCCCAAAGGCGCUCAAGCAAACCCCUGCCAAGUCAUACACGCUUGAUGGUGUUUCGGUGCGAUGGGCAGAUAUGCAAGACGCUCUCUAUGCAGCAUAUAAAUGGCCCGAGUCCAUUGAACACGAACCUCUGGAAAUCAACAAGGCGCUUAAAGAAACAUUGUUCCUGUCGGCUGAAGAGUACGAAGUUGAAAAGCGCAACGAGGUCGGAAGGGUCAUGGAAGCCCUGCAAAGGAGCCAAUCGCAUGAAGGCUUGGGGCUGACCCAUGCAUCUUCAAGCGGAGCGUCUACACUAAAGAGUAGCAUACCCGCACUUUUGCCCGUCCGAAAUGCCUUCAAAAGCGCUACCGCAUAGGGGCCAAUGUACAUUAUGUAGAUCAAUACGG